UUGAAAAAGAAAACGAAGUUUUAUUUAGUUUUGACAUUUCUCAUUUAGUUUAAUAUGAAGAUUAUUAAUAAAAAACUCUUUUUAUAAACAUCAAUACAGAAAAUAUAGAUGAAAACUACUUCUUUUUUACCUAAAUAGAAUAUGAUUAAUACGAUGCUUUACUUUAACAUUACAUAUAAGAACCAAAAGUAAUUCUAACAAAUUUACAAAAACUAAAUUAAUAAUACAAUGAUGAAGAAUUGCAAAUUGAAGAAAAAAAUUAAAAUAAACUAAUAUUACAAGACAAAUAAAAAAUAAUAUUAUUAGAAUUACUAGAAGUUACAUUAAUAACAGAAGUAGAACUAAAAGGAUAAAGAUAGUUUAGGAAAGCCUUAAUAAUAAUAAAUAGAUUGA